AUGACAACCGAUUUGCCGAAUUGCUCCACAAGCCAAAAUGAAAACCAACAGACAACAGAUAAUGGAGCAGACUCGGGAUCAGAAAAUUCUUUAUUUGCUGAACUGAAAGACAUAAAAUACAACCUGACGGUAUUAAAGAAGCAGGUCGAUGAUAACACAAGUUCUUUAUCAAGAUAUCCACAAAAUCAAGAAAAUAUUAGCAACAAAGAGCUUAUGAAACAGAAAGGGAGGUGUGAGAAGCUACAGGCGUCAAUAUGCAACAAAGAUAAAGAAAUUAAUGCACUGAAAAUGAAAAUUGUGUCUCUUGAGACCCGUGUAGAACCCGCAGAACAGGAAAACGACUCCCUAAAAUUAGCAUUAAAGCUUAUUAUGCAGGAAAUGAGCGUAGGAGAGCGUCAACAACAGAGGAAUCAGAGUUACGAGGUAACUGCCCCUCAAGGAAAUUCAAAGAGUGAUAAUGCCCAGUCUAAUGAGAGCUCUAAUUCUGAAAACGAAUGGCAAACCGUUGAUGCGAAAAAGAGAAAGAAAAAGAACAAAACACGGAGAAAGAAGAUCAUGAAGCACAGUCCAACGCCCAUGAUGACACGGAAAAUUCCACGCCAGCAAACGAAAGUACAACCUUGUUGA